AUGAGGGAAUAUGAAGCAUUGGGACACAUGACAAAAUUCAGCGGUAGCGAAAUAAUAUCUCCCCAAUAUUUCAUCCCUCACCACUGUGUGCUACGUCCAGACAGCUCAACAUCAAAACUGCGAGUUGUAUUUGACGCAUCAGUACACAAAUUAUCAGAGCCAUCACUAAAUGACAUAAUGUUUAAUGGUCCAAAAGUUCAAGACGAACUGUUUUCGAUUUUGCUCAGAUUUAGAAUGCACAAAUAUGUUUUAAAAACUGAUGUGGAAAAAAUGUACCGUCAAAUAUGGGUUAACAAAGAUGAUCGAAAUCUGCAACUCAUAAUGUGGCGAGAAAAUCCCACAGAACCACUUAAUUAUUAUCAGUUGAACACAGUUACUUAUGGCACAAGAGCAGCACCAUAUUUAGCAACACGCUGUCUAACAAAAUUGGCGGAUGAAUAUCAAGGAAAUUAUUUAUAUGGCGCCACAUCUUUAAAAAAGGAUUUUUAUGUUGACGACGGUCUAAUAGGAGCUGAUACCAUCAACGAAGCGUUACUAAUUCAACAACAAUUAAUAACAAUUCUAGACAAGGCUGGAAUGAAACUAAAAAAAUGGUGUGCAAACAACCCAAAACUUUUACAUGGAAUCGCUACAGAAGAUCAAGAAGUAAAUCUCAAUUUUGAUUCCAAGGAAACCCAAUUCACAAAGACGCUGGGUCUUUUAUGGUUACCAAAGUCAGAUUCAUUUCGUAUCAAGGUUAACAGUCGAGACCAUAGUCACACAACAAAACGAUCUAUGAGCUCCGAUUUGGCACACAUAUAUGACCCUUUGGGUCUUAUUGGUCCAAUCUUGGUCACCGGUAAAAUCUUGUUGCAAGGAGCAUGGCAGCUAAAACUCGAUUGGGAUGAUGAUCUUCCGUCAGAAAUACGUAAACAAUGGACAUCGUAUAGAGAAGAUCUGGCCUUGUUGGACAAUGCAACAGUUGUGAGGCACGUAUUCAGCAGUCAAGGCUACAGCCAUGUUGAGCUGCACGCUUUUUGUGACGCCUCAGAAAAGGCUUAUGGUGCAGCAGUAUACAUUAGAACAGUACAAAAGGAUAAAACGAUAAAACUUAAUCUACUAUGCUCCAGAUCUCGUGUAGCACCCAUAAAAUCUCAAACAAUUCCACGACUAGAAUUGUGUGCAGCGUUGCUAGCAGCAGAACUCAUGGCAAGAGUUAAACUUGAUUUAGGCUAUCAAGACAAAGCAACUUACUUUUGGACAGAUUCACAAAUUGUGCUUUCCUGGAUAAACAAUCAUCCAGGCAAAUUACCCGUUUACGUCGCCCACCGAAUUGUAAAAAUCCUUCGGUUAACAAUUCCAGAACAAUGGCGUCACGUCCCGUCAAAACAAAAUCCGGCAGAUAUUCUGUCAAGAGGGCUUAAACCGCGGGAAUUUUCAUCUUGCUACAUGUGGUUAUAUGGUCCACUAUUUUUAUAUCAGCCAAAGCCGCUGUGGCCAGCUCCCUUCAAAAGGGAAUUAAUUGUUGAAGAUAACACGGUGGUGCUUGCUUUAUCAACACAACAACCUACUAAUGAGCAUGCAUGGGUCUAUUCGAUUCAUUCAAGAAAUUUAUUUACACAUGUCCAAAAAGUUGUUGGAUAUGUACUUCGUUUCACAAAAAACGCACGGAAACCAAAAGAAUCAAGACCAGAGACCAUGCAGCUUUCACCGAUGGAGCUCGACGUAGCACUUAAGAUAAUAAUACGUCAAAUCCAGGCCUCCGAUUUUUCUGAUCUAAGGAAAAUGCUAGUUAAGGACGAAUUUGUGCCAAAAACUCAUAACCUCAGUUCACUAACUCCGUUCGUAGAUGAAGAAGGGGUAAUACGUGUUGGCGGACGGCUAAGCUCUUCAAAACUACAAUUUGAUGCCAUUCAUCAAAUGAUUUUACCCAGCAACGAUCCACUAGUAAAGUUGCUGGUAGAAGAAAUACAUAAGGACAAUUAUCAUUGUGGCGCCCAAGCAUUGCUGGCACAAGUGAGGCAGCGUUUUUGGCCCCUCAAAGGAAAAAGCUUGAUCAGAGCUGUAAUACAACAAUGCUUAAGAUGCAGAAGAGCAAGGCCAAUUGUGUACAAUCAAAUCAUGGGAAAUUUGCCUGGACACCGUGUGCAACCAGCUCGACCAUUUCUCAGCACUGGAGUUGAUUAUUGUGGCCCAAUAUGGGUUCAUUACAAAACAAGAGGCAAGCGUCCACAAAAGGCGUAUAUCGCUGUCUUUUGCUGUUUUGCAACCAAGGCCGUACACUUAGAACUUGUGACUGAUCUGACCACAGAUGCAUUCAUUGGAGCAUUAAAACGCUUCAUAGCAAGACGAGGACGCUGUAAAACGUUAUACUGCGACAAUGCGACCAAUUUCGUUGGAGCGAAAAACAAGUUGCAGGAACUUACUGACGUCAUCUACGCUGAUCGAGCGAAGGAAUCAAUUGCAGGAAUGUGCAGUACGAAAGGCAUAGAAUUUCACUUCAUUCCACCAAGGUCACCACACUUCGGCGGGCUAUGGGAGGCAGCAGUAAAAUCUGCCAAAUAUUUGCUGGUCAAAAAUGUUUCAACAGCAUCACUUACAUAUGAAGAGCUUGAAACUGUCGUUAUUGAAGUUGAAGCAGU